AUGUCACCUCAGACCGGUAGCGCCAGCAUGUCGGCGGUAGCUUCGCACGCCCCCGACAGCUCCGAGAAUGACCCGCGCGAGAAGUGCGCGUCGGCGGCGCACUUUUCCUCCCAGGCUGUGACUGCUGCCCUGGCCACCCUGGCCUCCCUCGAGGGGUCGCCAGGACCCGCCGCGGCCCUGGCGCGGCCCACGGGCGGCUUGAUGCUCAUCGACGCCUUCACCCUCGUCGGCCUGGCCGGAAAAUACGCCAGCCGCUCGGGUGCCGCCCGCCUCCUAGAGGCCGAACCACCAGUGCUGUGA